UGAUCGAGCCGAAGCCGAUUGACGGCAGGCAGCCCAUCGUCUCCCCUCUCCGGCUCUCCCCACCUCCUCUUUUAAAGACGACGCCACCGCCACCGCCACCCGGCCCUCCCUCGUCCCCAGCCUCGCCGUCCGGCGCUGCCCUGUCCCAUCUCACCGCAGCUCGCUCCCACCUCGAGCCGCGAGCGCGCCCGUAGCAGUCUCAACGCGGGCACUCGCUUGCGUACCCCAGGCCGAUCGACGAGUCCGCCCGGCCCGCGUCUCACGCGUGAGCCUGUUGCGCGCGGUGGCUUGUUGUUCGAUCAUAUUCGUGUACGGGCACCCCGCACGGCCGGAGAAUCACUUGCCAGCCCCAGCCCCGUUUUCCGGGGCUCCUCAUCCCUCGCCUCGCCGGUACGUACGGUGUUGCUUCCCGGAGGUUUCCGCUGCCGCUGCGUGCCGGUGCCGCGGGCAGGCGCAGGAGGCUCUCGGCUGUUUCCUUAGCGUGCCAUCGUCCAUGGAGGCGAAGCAGCGCCCGCGGCACGGCGAGGAGAGGAGGCCGCCGGCGACGGACAACGGCGGCGGCGGCGGCGAGGAGUACGACCCAUGGACGGCGUGGCUCUACAAGCCGCACACCAUCUCGGUGCUCCUCGUCGGCGCCUGCCUUCUCAUCUGGGCAAGUGGAGCACUCGAUCCUGAAGGCGCUGCUGCUCACAGUAGCUUGACAUCAAUCAAGAGGAAUAAAGAAAAGAAGGAAUAAAGAAAAGGAUGAUCAGGCCACUGCUCGUGUUCCGUUCUGAUGCUGUCUUUUUGGACUCGAGCUGUUUUUACCUUCACAGCAUUGCACAAUGAUUGGAGAGAGUGAGAGUGAUGCUGCUGACUCAUCUUCUUACCGAAACUUUCCAGGGGUGUCUGGGCUAUGAUUGCAGCCUUCCUUGCCUACUGCACGCUUCAGGCACCUUCAACGAUACUUAUUAGGCCCCAUCCUGCUGUCUGGCGCCUGGUACAUGGACUGGCUGUCGUUUACCUCGUUGCUCUUACCUUCCUCCUUUUCCAGAAUCGUGACGAUGCUCGCCAGUUCAUGAAACACCUUCACCCUGAUCUUGGAGUUGAAUUGCCAGAGAGAUCUUAUGGAGCUGAUUGCCGUUUGUAUGUUCCAGAAAACCCUAAAAACAAGUUCAUAAAUAUUUAUGAGACAUUGUUUGAUGAAUUUGUUGUUGCCCAUAUCCUUGGGUGGUUUGGCAAAGCUGUGAUGAUACGAAAUCAACUUCUACUUUGGGUAUUGUCGAUCGGCUUUGAGCUAAUGGAGCUAACUUUCAGACAUAUGUUGCCAAACUUUAAUGAGUGCUGGUGGGAUAGCAUUAUUUUGGAUAUCUUGAUCUGCAAUUGGUUUGGUAUUUGGGCAGGAAUGCACACAGUCCGUUACUUUGAUGGCAAAACAUAUGAAUGGGUCGGACUGAGCCGCCAACGAAGCAUCAUGGGUAAGGUGAAAAGAUCGCUGAGCCAGUUCACCCCUGCUCAAUGGGACAAGGAUCAGUGGCAUCCUUUCAUGGGGCCACUGCGGUUCAUCCAAGUUCUGUUCCUCUGUGUUGUCUUCAUGACCGUGGAGCUUAACACAUUCUUCCUUAAGUUUUGCCUGUGGAUCCCUCCAAGGAAUCCCUUAGUCGUGUACAGAUUGAUCCUCUGGUGGCUGAUUGCCAUCCCAACCAUCCGCGAGUACAACUCCUACUUACAAGACAGCAAACCGGCGAAGAAGGUUGGAGCCUUCUGUUGGCUCUCUCUGGCUAUAUGCAUAGUGGAGCUGCUUAUCUGCAUGAAGUUUGGGCAUGGGCUAUUUCAUGACCCAAUGCCUACCUGGCUGAUCAUCUUUUGGAGCUUGGUUGGGAUUGCACUUGUGGUUUUCUUGCUUUCAUGGUCAUGGAGGAGUCACAGAAGAUUCAGGAGAAAACGGCUGUGAUAGAUUUCAAUAACUCACCUUAGAUUCUUUCAAUUCGCUUCUUUUCUUUUCCCUUUCUCUUUCUUUUUCAUUUUUAUAUACGAUAUGGUAUGAUAUGAUAUGUGAUGUAACCUACGUUUUAGAGGAGCCCCAUUUUUCUGCUGCUCCUGGCAGGGGACUCGGUUUGUCAGGAUAGGUCAUUGUUGUCAACAUGAGAUUGAUGAAUAAUCAAGGUAGCUGCAGCAUCAGCACCAAGUGUAAUUAAACAGUAAAGCAAGAUCACUGUGCGUGAAUUGGGCUUACCAAACUUCUUCUGGGCCAGUAAUGCACAGUUGUGUAAUACCACCUAUCGCUA